UUUUGAGGUUCCUAACCAAGAUGUCUCUGAAGGUUCAGACCAGCAACGUCACGAACAAGAACGACCCCAAGUCCAUCAACUCACGCGUGUUCAUCGGUAACCUCAACACAGCGGUGGUGAAGAAGAUGGAUGUGGAGACCAUUUUCUCGAAAUAUGGCCGCAUGCUGGGCUGCUCUGUGCACAAGGGCUACGCCUUUGUCCAGUACGCCAGCGAGAGGCAUGCCAGUGGUGCUGUUAUUGGGGAAAACGGACGAUUGCUGGCAGGACAGACUUUGGACAUCAACAUGGCGGGGGAGCCCAUGCCCAACAGACCCAGAGGGCAAGACAUCAACAUGGCGGGGGAACCCAAGCCCAACAGACCCAAAGGGCUGAAGAGGUCUGCCACUGCUCUCUACAGUGGGUACGACUUUGAUUAUCACUACUACAGAAAUGAAUUAUAUGGCAGGCUGUUUGAGUACCGGGGCAGAGUGUCGCCAGUGCCUCGAGUGGUGCCAGUUAAGCGGCCUCGCAUGGCCAUGCCCCUGGUGCGCCGGGUCAAGUCUUUGCCCGUCAAGCUGUUGGCACGUGCUUCAGUCCUCCCCGGCAGCACCAUCAAGCAGAAGGCGGUGAACUCCAACGAGCUACAGGAUAUCAAAUCAGAGCUGACUCAGAUCAAGUUCAACAUUGAUGCGCUGCUCGGCCGACUGGAAAGGAUCACAGAGGACAAACACAUCGCUGCUGAGCUACGGAAGUCAGAGGACAACAAGAGUGAGGCGUUUCAGGACGAGUCAUGCUCAGACACAGAGGAGCUGGUAGACGAGCCCCAUAACAGUGAUGUGGAGGAUGGGGAGGAGGACGUCACACAGAAUGAGUGUGAAGAUGACGACAUGGAAAACAACCACCUAUCAGAAAUGGACUCCAACCUGCAAUAAAAGGCA